UCUGGUAAAAACCCCCGUGGGCGCCAUCUUUGUUUCGGGCGGUCCCAAUACGGGGGGAGUUUGCAGCUUGGAGGCGGGUCGACUACGCGGAAGUGACGCAAGUCGCCGCCAUGUCUUUUGAGGGCGGCGACGGCGCCGGGUCGGCCAUGCUGGCUACGGGCACGGCGCGGAUGGCGUCGGGGCGCCCUGAAGAGCUGUGGGAGGCCGUGGUGGGGGCCGCCGAGCGCUUCCGGGCCCGGACGGGGCUUGGGGAGCGAGGACACAUGGGGCUGGCGCAGUCAGCCCAGCCCCAGCCCCCUCUGUCCUGCUCUGCCCCGCAGGGCGCGGAUGGCGUCGGGGCGCCCUGAAGAGCUGUGGGAGGCCGUGGUGGGGGCCGCCGAGCGCUUCCGGGCCCGGACGCGAACAGGGCUGCUGCCGCUGCCCGGCCCCCCGUGGCCCCACCGGCACCGCAGCCACCCAGUCCCGCACAGAGCCCACCCCGGCCUACCCUCGCCAGGGAGGAAGAUGAGGAGGACGAGGACGAGCCGACAGAGACAGAGACCUCUGGGGAGCGGCUGGGUGUUAGCGAUAAUGGAGGGCUCUUUGUGAUGGAUGAGGACGCCACGCUCCAGGACCUGCCCCCUUUCUGCGAGUCGGACCCUGAGAGCACAGAUGAUGGCAGCCUGAGUGAGGAGACCCCCGCUGGCCCCGCAGCCUACUCAGUGCCCCCGGCCUCAGCCCUGCCCACACAGCAGUACGCCAAGUCCCUGCCUGUGUCCGUGCCCGUCUGGCCCUUCAAGGAGAAGAGGACAGAAGCUCGGUCGUCGGAUGAGGAGAACGGGCCGCCCUCCUCACCGGACCUGGACCGCAUCGCGGCGAGCAUGCGCGCGCUGGUGCUGCGGGAGGCCGAGGACACUCAGGUCUUCGGGGACCUGCCGCGACCGCGGCUCAACACCAGCGACUUCCAGAAGCUGAAGCGGAAAUACUGAGGCCCAGGGAGGCCCCAGCAUCCGCCCCGUCCCACACUACACCCCCGCCCCGCCCCUGGGGCUCGCCAAUCCGAGUCAGGGCCGGGACCGGCCUCCCACAUCCCCGGGGCCCAUGUCUGACUAGUCCCAGCCGAUUCCCGCCGCCCUUGCAGCCCACCACACCCGUCUGCGCCGAGGAGCGGGACCUAUACAGUUUCCCAGUAGGGUCUGUCGCCUCUUUUUCUGCCCAGCGACAGGUUCUUUCUGUUAAGGGAUCGGCUCGCUCCCGGAUCGGCUUGGCUAGUUCUAAGCCCUAAAUGGGUCGACUCUCUCGUUUUCCGCCUAGCGACAAGAACUUUGGUCGCGCGGCAUUGGCUCCAUCCUUGAAGGAGCACAGUCGAGCCCCAGGAUUGGGUGGUGGCGCUCCACUUCAGCCUGAUGAAUGGGCAGCUCCUUCGUUUGGCUCGAACCCUGUAAAGGUCUUGGCCAAUCUCCCACGCCACCAGCCGCCCUUAGUGUGUUCCCCUACCUGAUUGGCUCCGACCUCCCGGGGGCGUGGCCGAGCCCUCCUCCUGGGCCCAGGAUUGGCCUGCGGCCUUAAAUUUACGUUCUUUACACUACUGGGUCUGAGGUUUUUACGAAGUCCUGACAACUGGUCCCUCUGGCCCCCUCCUCAGGGAUGGCCCGAUCCUGUCCCUCCGUCUGACACACUCUCAAGUGGUUCCAUCCCAUAACAGCCUGCCAAUCAAAGCCCGUCCUUGCAUCAGGACGAUGCCAGCUCCUGCCCCUCUUCCCUCACCCCCACAGGUGCCUUAAAGGGCCCUUCUCCACCCAAGGUGGGGAGCAGGGGCCCUCACUCUCCGGCCCUGAUGUGGGGGAGAGAGUGGGGAGUGGGGAGCGCGAGUUGGGAGGGCUGCUCUGAGAUUAAAGGGUUUUACCUCUUGUCAAACGA